GCGGGCGCGGGGUAAAGGUGGCACACAGACACAGGGAAGAGCGCGACACUUCAUCCACCUCUCUCCAACCGAGCUCAACACAACAACACACAAACCAUGUCUAUUAGCCGGAAAAACUGGUCUGCUUUGUCAACGCUGGCUCGACAGUGGACUAUGGAGGAUGAGGAAGAGUUGGAGAGAGAGAGGAGGAGGAAGACAAGGGAGUCUACAGCAGACUCGGAUGAAAGUCCCACUGAAGAGACCAAUCCACAAACCAGUAGUGUUAGCGGGCCUGCUGAUGCUGGCGACUCCGAUGGAGGUCUGGCCCAGCUGCAGAUGGACUUUGUGGAGAUGUUGCGAGUCCGUGAUGAACGGAGGAGAAUGAGGCACGUUGAAACCCUGAGGAAGAAUAAGGAGGAAGAUGAUGGGGGCAAAGAGACCGGCCCGGAUGCGGAGCCCCGUGUGGAGCUGCUGGGGGAAGAGCAGGACGAGGAACUCCUCAAGAACAUUCAGCGCUGCGUGGAGACCUUCAUCUCACCAGAACCUCCCACCGACUCCAGAGACUCAGAGACACAACAGAAGCAAGAAAAUGGAGGCGCGAACCAAGAUUCAACAUCAACAAACUCCCAACCCCCGCCAAAAGCAUCCAGAAAGUUUGUGAGCUCUCUCUCCAUCUCCUUUGAUAAGAGUCCCACAUCACCCUCAUCAACCAGCAGACUGGUUUCUCCACUGAGCCCCAAGUCUCCGCCCCCUCAGUCCUCGAGGGCGGAGUCACCUCACAGCUCCACCCACUCCGGCUCCAUGAGCCCCACACCGAAUGGAGACGCAGAGAGACAUGAAAAUGGGUCGGCGAGCAGUUUCGAACCAGCCGCGAAACCUGCGUUCACACGGCAGAGCUCCAGAACGGUGUCCUUCAGGAUGAUGAAGAAGAAGGAGGAAAAAAACAUGCCGCUACAGAGAAGUGCAAGUGUGCGGAUUGCAGCGAAGACCUUUGAAUCCAACAAGAGCCCCAAACAAGAGGAGGAGCAGCAGACGCCGUUUCAGAGAAACUCCCGACAGAGGUUAUCAUCUCACUCCAUUCAGGAGAAAAUGGAACGACUGGCUCAAGCCUCACAGAAAUGGGAAAUCUCCAAAACCCCAGUGGUGCACCAGACUGUGUGUCUAGCGGAUGAGGUGCAGAGGAAGAGGGAGCUGUUUGAGAAAGAGCAGGAGGGAUCCGACAGAAGCCAGGUGUUCUCCAGACAGGAGUUUCGCAGCUUUUCUUCAGGAAUCUCUGAUCGAAUUAAUCGCUGGGUCCAGAAGAAAACAUUCACCGUGUCUUCAUCAUCACCAUCAUCGUCAUCAUCUCAUAGUCCUUUGGAUCUGAGACAUGUGAGCAUCUCCAGUAAGAAAAGUUUGUUUGAAAGAGGACAAGACCAGGACCACAAGUGACCCGGUCAUGGAUAAAGACAAAGUGAGCAGAUCGUUUAAUGAGCUUCAUUUGAUCGACUCUUUCACACACUCAGUGCCAAGGAUUGUCUCUAAACUCCUUUUCCUUCUGCUUCUUUCCGUUGGCUAAUUCCUCGGCACUUUUAAGGCAUAGUACUGAUCUGCAUUAUUUGGGUAAAGUCAAGGCUUCUGUUAUGGGUUGUGAAUGCGUGUACUAAUGGAUGGUGGAAUGCAACAGGACUGUAUUAUAAACUGAACAUCUGACAGCAGGAAUACAGACAUACAGCUUCUUUGUGUCUGUGCCAGACACUCCUCUUCCUUGUAGCUUGAUAUUUGUGCUGUUGAUAAGUAAGCUAUGACCUGAGCCAUAACUGAUAACAGUCCAAGGUACAGCUGUAAUAUGAUGAAUGUCUGUUUCAAUGAAGCUGCUGAUAGUAAGCUCAAUUAUUCAUCUGGAAUCGUGCGCUGAAGCUGAUCUAUUCUCUCGCUGCUGUUGUUUUAACCUGCCGCAGACUAAAGUCAUCUUAAGAAGAUGUAAUUCAGAUGUAAUCUAUGGAGAAAUGUGCCUUAUCAAGCCCUUUGCAAACUGACUUCAAUCCAUUCCUGUUCAACCAAGCUUAGGUUUCCUUUUUUGCUAACCGACCUGUCAUGUAAUUAUCUCUUCAGCCCAGAAGGGUUAAUAAACUUCUUUUUUUUACUACUUA